UUUUGUUACUUCUAAAACUCAUUACUCUCGUCUUAACUUAACCCCAAUUCCAAUGGCUUCCUUUGCUCAAAUACCUUCUAUUUUUGCAGUUUCUCCAAACCCAAACAAACAAGUGACCUGAAGAGUUGGCUUUCUUAAGAAACCAAAAACAUACCACUCACUCAUUCCUUCACUCACACUUUGUCUCUCUCUCUCUCUCUCACACACACACACACUCCCAGGUCUCACCUUUGCUUCCGUCUCAAGAAAUCAUUCAAUCAAAGAGUUGAUAUUGAUCAUCACCAUCAUCAUUAUUUUCUUCUUUCUUUUUCUCAUUUAGUCUUUCUUAAUAACUUGUUGAUUUUUUUUUUAUUAAUUUUAAAAAGUAAAAAUAAUUAUAAGCAUGAGCUGCAACGGUUGCCGAGUCCUCCGGAAGGGGUGCGGUGAGUCGUGUGUACUGAGGUCUUGCCUGCACUGGAUCGAAUCCCCCGAAGCCCAAGGCAACGCCACCUUGUUUCUCGCCAAGUUUUUCGGCCGUAGUGACCUCAUGUCCUUCAUCUCUGCCGUCCCUGACCACCACCGCCCUGCGUUGUUCCAAUCGUUGCUGUUCGAGGCGUGUGGGCGUACGGUGAAUCCGGUGAACGGAGCAGUGGGUCUUCUCUCGAGCGGGAACUGGCACGUGUGUCAGGCGGCGGUGGAGACGAUUCUGUGCGGAGGCGUUUUGCGACCUAUGCAAGGGGGGCUUCUGAUGCAGAAACUCGAUGAAUCUUCCGAUAUGCUGGCGGUCGCGGGGGACACAUCAUCGUGGCCGUCGAGUGCCUAUCGUUACUUUCCAUCGCUACCGUCAAUCUACGAUCCGAGACAGGAGCAGUACUACUCCGGAGCCAGAGGAAGUAGUAGUAUCUUCCCGAUGACCGAGAAGCUUGUUUGGCGAGACUCGAUUUCGCGGAGCUCAGAAGAAUCGGUGAUGACCAAGAGCUUCGGAAUCGGCGAUCACAAGGAACAGAAGCUCUUAAAUCUCUUCGUAUGAAAAUAUACAAUAUGUUGAGAGAGAGGGUGUGUGUGUGUUUUGGUUGAGACAGUAGAAAGUGAUUAUUAGAAGUGUGUGUAGUAGAAGAACUUCUUCAUUACGACUUAAGUGAAUAAGGAAUUAAUGUAAGGGAAAACUGAUAACGAGAGAAGAAGAGCCUUCUCUCCCUUUUUCUCAUUUUGCAUUCGCCGGGAUUUUUAAUCUUCCAGCCAACUUUUUUCUAUUAUAUUUUCUUACAGUU